AUGUCUCAACGGGGCGGUGAAUACAUUGGAAGGAAGAACGUGAGCCAUUCAGGAUUCGCAUGCCAACCUUGGAGAAGCUCAGAACUUCCAAGUAACUUUAAAGCAACCAUAGAAGAAUACCUUCCGGGAUUCCCCGAUUUCGGUGAGUUCGACGAGGAGCACAACUUCUGCCGCAGCCCGGAUGAAGACAUCGCUCCUUGGUGUUUCAUUAAAGGAAGAAACAAUUUUACAUUUGAAUACUGUGACAUUCCCUUCUGUGAGAAUCAAGUUCAAGUUGGAGCCGAGGGGAUCGUAUAUCCUGAAUGCCGACUGACGGAGAAAGGAAAGGAAUAUGUGGGGACGAAGGAUGUGACUGAGACAGGAAAGCCUUGUAUUAAAUGGGAAUCUCAGCCGUACGACGUGCCUUGGGAUUUUUUAAGCAAGAGCGAUUAUGCAGGGAACUUUCUCAAUCUGGACCCAGAAAUCCACAAUAAUUACUGUCGGAACCCUUCUCUGUUCAGGGAAAGGCCGUGGUGCUUCGUCUCUGAUCCAGACAUCAAGUGGGAAUACUGCGACAUUCCUUUCUGUCAUAACGUCGGUGAGUCCCUCAUUGCAUCGUGA